CAGUAGGUUAGGAAAUCUAAUGCUCAUGUAGUGUUAGUGCAAGAAAAGAAAAUGAAGGCUGCCUUAAUCUAGUUGUUUUUUUUCGUCUUAAUUAAUACAUGCUUGUGAAAACUCAGGAAUGGAUGAACAGCUAGGAAAAUGUAAACUGGUCUUUCUAAUCGACUCGAGCCUUGCAAACUGUCAACAAGGAUGUCGGCACCUCUAUGAAAUUGUGGCCACCACUUUAAGAAUUAUUUCUUUUUUUGAAACAAGUAUCUCUAAACAGAGAGAUGACAGAUUACAAGAUGAGGGGAAAUUUUCAAAGACAAAUCUGCAUUCAGCUCAUGUCAGCUGGGGUUACAAGUUAUUCAAUACAACUGCCACCCUGCCUCGAAAAACGGCAAGCGUUUCAAACCCUGAUUUUCAAAGUCGUAAAUAUAAACAUGUGGAAGAUUUCGUGACAAAAUUACAAGGUGCCUUUGAUGAUGUAAUCAAGGAUUUUUCAAAAAGGAGAAGUUUGUCAAAACCUGCUGAACUUUUGUCUGUCGCUCUUACUGAGAUCUUGCAUGAUUUCUCUUGGGACUCCUUAGACUUGGUCAGUACUAAAGUGACAGUGUCAUCAACUUCAAGAACAAGAAGGAAAUCUUCCCAAUCAUUUGCAGAGGAUGUGUUCCAUUGUGGGGUGGUUGAAAAUGCUGUUUUUAUCUUAUCAAAGGCACCAAGGAACAAGAAAUCAUUUAGAUGGUUCUCAAACAAGAUGGUCAUUGAUUCUGAUGUGUUUAUUGAUUCAUUCAUGUCACCAGCUUUGCAACAAGCGUACAAAAAUAAAACAAUUUCACUUUCCUGGAUUGAUGUUGGAUCCCCUCAGUGCGGAAUGGGCAUGGAUAUUCCUCAAGGCGUACCAACUCAAGAUAGUGUUUUAAUCUUGAGAGAUGCAAUGAGAAAGCUUGGAGGCUUCUUGUCUCAGCAGAGUUUUUUCAUGCAAGAUAGUCCCCCAGAGGUUUCCAGGCACAACUGUUGGGAUGCGACAGGCUUGGGCCAUGCCCUAUCAGUACAGGCACACUUGUCGUCUCUGACUGCUAGGUCUCGUCAAAGAAGCACAGAGUUGAAAGAAAUAUUUAUUGACGUCCAUGGAUGUACAGCGACAUACAGCAUCAUGCCUGUUUCUCAUAGGACUUUGCAAGGCAGUGCUCCUCGAGACCCCAGUCUAAAUGACAGUAUCCGCCGUCUCGACCAGCUGACAGUACUAGGUUGUCUUCCCAAGUCUUAUUGUGACAGAAACCUGGUUUCCAAUCUCUGCCCGACUCACAUUGUUUACAGUAAAACACCAGAGAAACUGUCCACAUUGAUCAAAGAGCUGUUUCUCAGUCGGUCUUGUGCAAUUCUGCGUACACAAACUUCGUGCCUGGCUAUAUUGAGUCCUUGCACGUCUAAUAUAGCCUCCUUGUCCCUUGUGGGCACGCAGUAUCUUGUGAAAACAAAAUUGACCCCUAUAUUGAGAUUAAAUGAAUCCUUCCAACACCAAGCCAGCAACACCACUGCAGGCAAGUCGGCACCAGUGAAGGAUGAGCAUUUCUUUAGAGCUUGCAGUUUGAAUUCCUGGUAUGUUCCAGGGAGCGCUGCCCAAUUAAGACACACUGUCGACAAAAUCAGUGAGAGACUGGAUGGUCAUGAUCAGCCCUGCUCUCAAAAAUCAGUUUUGAAGGAUCUGCGAAAAUUUUAUGCUAGAGAAAAGCAGCCGCCUGAACUUGUUCACAACCCAGCACCUGCAGCGACCAGUACACCGCUUUUCGGACCCACUUCCGCCAGACCAAGCCAUUCUGGAGGGUCCGACUCAACCUCUCAGUCACGCAGCAGAUUGUCAAGGCUCACCCGUGGACGUUUGAUGGUGGAUCGAGCAAAGAGCGCCAGUCUACUGAUGGCUGAUGAUUUAGAUAGCAGCUUAAGCUCAAAGGCAGAGAGCCCUGACCGGAGAGCAAGUAGUUCAUUUGGAGGCUCCUGCGGGUUGCUAGAAUUAAAUCUCAAAACGGAAGAGGACCUGUCCCAGUACUUGCGGAAACAGUAUGACCAGGUGGUAAAUGCAGGCAUUGCCAUGGAGACCACGGUACAAACAAUGGUGACGUUGACUUCUCGUCUCAUGGCAGACUUGCAGCACAGCAAUCCACAGAAAUCAGCUGUUGCUUUCAUACGGGAGCAUCUUCUUUUGACAUCGUUCAAGUUAAAAGAGAAGUACAGUUGCAAAGCUACAGAUGAGGCAUUGACGGGCAAGCUCUCUGAGUACAAGCUUCAGAUCUUGCUGUUGUUAGAGCUUGAAUCUUUGCUGCUGGAGAACAGUGUUGCUGCUCAGGAAGAACUCACUUCAGAGCUUGUCUCCAUGCUGCGAGUCGUGUCUUUUUCAAUAGGACCUGCUGGUCUUCAGGAGUUCUUAAAGGAUAAUGUUCUCGCAAAUUAUCAUACCAAUCUAGCCAAGGUGUUGGUGGAUGUCUAUGAUGAGUUGAUGCUCCCGUUGCCGUCUAUCCUGGAGAAGUUUGCCUCGCCGAGUGCCCCAAGCAGUGUGUGGGGAGCUGUUCCUUCAGUAGGCGAGGACAGCAUGUUGAGUGGACCUGGUUCCUCACAGCCACGAUCCAAUAUGUCUGACCAGGCUUUGAGGAGUCGGUCGGGCAAAUUGAAAGCACACCCAAGUUUUUCAGAUUUUGGACAAAAGAGGCAAAUUCUUGUAAAGCCAAAAGUAGCACCCAAAACAUCAAAGUCUGAAAAGAAAAAAGGCUCAAAGGAUGUCUCAAAAGCGAAGUCACGAGAAUCCAAGAGGAGACCAGGCGUUGACCACGAUCGUGCCAAAAAGAAUCUGUUCUCGGACACUCCACAACAGUCAAAAUUGAAGAGCAGAUCAAGAUCAAGACACAGAAAACACACUUCAUCUUCAGGCCAGAGUAGAUUGUUGGUUCCAGGAACACCUGCUCACAAGCAGACAUCGAGCAGGAUUCGGGCUCAACAGGAGCGUAGACGACAGAAACACAAUGUGAAAACUGAUGUGGUUGUUGUAGCGGAAUCACCUGUUAAAGAUGAUGGAAAGCCAGUGAGUCAAAUGGAUAAACCUGCUCAGUAUCUAGUGAGGGAAGCAUUCUACUCUUCAAGCUCCCAACCUUCUCGCAACCUUGCCAAGUCUUUGGAGCUUGCUCAGAGCUCGUCUCAUGCCAAUGUCUCUUCACAUUCCUACCUCAGGAGCAGCCAAAGAGCUCAAGGUAGCCUUGCCAGUGCAGUUCGGGGUGAAUCCCCCCUGUUGUCUCCUGGUGGCCGACUGAUGAAAUCACUGAUGGCGUCUCCAUCACCAGACCGCAAAGCAAAGCACACGUACCGGAGCCCCUCAACUCCAGUACGCCGCUCACCCAGAAAAUCAGUGAAAAAACUUGACUUCAAGGACUGCGCAGGGGACGUCAGGAGGACCCCUGGGGCUUCCUCAUCCUCUUUAGACGCUCAUUUAAUUUUUGAUGGUGAAAACGCCACAGACAGUAACCUCUUUAAAAGUCCUGAGAAGCGGAAGUACGUACCACAGUCUCCUUUUAGAACACCUGAAAAGUCUAAAUCGCCGUUUAGUCACGUGUCCAUGGGUGCAGCGUCUUGCCCUCCUGCGCAGUCCACUCCUCCUAAGAGACCCAGGCAAAAUUUGCUUUCUCAGGAGCUUAACUUUAAAAAUGUUUUGUCUGCUCAGAAUGGUAAUGGAGGCACACCGUUAACUGCUUGUGACCCAGCCCAUUCAACUGGUAGUGAGACCCCAAAAAGAAAAUCCCACAGUUCAAGACUCUCAGGUGGAGAUCCAAAUGUGAGUGCAGAGUCUCCUACUAAGGCUGUUUUGUUGUCUUCGCCUGACUGGGCUUCUAGAUUUGGCUCUAAUAUGGUUCUGCGUAGUCCGGCAAAACGAUUGCAGCUGAUGUCUGAUUCUGCCAAAGGAGUCAUACACCACUGCUCAGAAGGUGAGAGUCCGAGGAGAUUGUCAAAUCCUUCUGAAAAGAUUAGAGGUUCCCAUGGAUCAUCACCGAGGAAGGAAAGAAGAGUUCUUCAUUCGAAAGACCGCAGUUUCGUAGGGGAAGUAGAUGACCCUCACAUUCCUACUUCAACCCCAGAGAAAUUGUCUAAGUUGCAGACAAGACACUUAUCCACUCCAAGCAAAGUGAAAUUCUCUAACCGUGGGUUUAUAUCUCCUCCCACUGGCAGUGGUUAUCCACCCUCUGCUGAAAAGUCCACACCAGGGAAAUCCAUUUUAAAAUCUCCUGGAUUGAAGCUGAAACAAGGGAGGAGGGUAGAGCUUGUCUCUUUGGGCUCAUCCAGUUCUGGAAAACAUAGCAACUUCAUGGAAAAAUUGAAUGCAUCAACUGUUGACAGCUCUAUACUUGGGAACUCGGUUCAGAAGAGCAUCACUCAAGACAAUGUUGCCAAUACCACAGAUCAUGGUGUGUCUUCAACACAUUUGUCUGCUAGCUCUCAGAGUUUUGAUGUCGCUUCGUCAAAGAGUUCGCGUAGUCUCAGCAAGUCAACACUGCGCAGGCAGUCUUCAUCUGAUGACGACAGUUCAGACCUUUUCAAUACUAGUGCUCAGGAAAGUGCCACCAUCAAAAUUAGGACGCCUUCACCAGCGUCCAAGACAAAAACUCCUGACUCCAUCAACAAAUGGAUGAGGAGGAAAAGGCUUUCAGGUUCAAAACAUAGCUCAAGUUCUUCCUCUGGCCCUAGCUCUUCACAGUCUUCAUCAUCUAGUACCGAGGAAAAAGUCAAGUCUUCGAACAAAGGCAACAUUGAACAAAAGUCUGUCCCAGAGCUUACAGAACCACAGUCACGAAAAAGGAAUCGUCCACAACUUGAGAACGAAAUAGUCUCAGAGUCACCAAGAAAAAGAGUCAGGAGGAUUUUGAAUCCUAAAGAUGAAGAGAACUCCAAAGAAAAUGCUUUUGUUGAAAGAAAGGGCACUAGUGAUUUUGAUCCCCUUUUCAAAGUAGACAUUAUUUCAAAUGAUGGAGAUAAUGAUGUAUUCCCAGUGGGUAAACAGAUGGCUAGUGAUGUGUCUUUGAGUCGUCAACCGUCUCUGAUUUCAAAGCCGAGUGCAGACACAGCGCUUUCAUUUUUUCACCAGCCUCUGUACUCCCCUAUUGGCACUUCCUCCUGCGAGUGGUAUGAAGGGGGCAGUCAAGGUUUUCCUGUUUCUCACACAGAGACAGAUAAGAAGAAAGCAGACAGUUGCGCUGACAAAGAAGUCUCCAAAGACAUACAUGAAGGUGGGGAAAAUGUUGCUGGCCCUAGUGGAAGGAGUCCAGGGUCAGUGACUGAGUCAGUGGUGUGUGAUAAAGCAUCUCAACAAAUGCCAAAAAAAGCUUCUGGUCAUUCAAACUCCAGUGGUUCGCCAAUCCGUUCCUCUUUCAGCACAUCUCCCUCUGACAAAAAACAGUACUCCCCAUCUUUGUCUGCCUCUGGCCUGCUGCAUCUGAUUAAAUCUCCUCUUCUCUCAGACAGGGAAGUCAGAUCAAAACAAGUUAACACCCGUGCAAAGUCAAGAAAACACUUGGAUUUAAACUGAUUUCUCCUUCUAAAUCAUGAGCUGAUUCUUGGAAUCAUUAGGCUUGGGUUCAGUGACUUGGGUGCAAACUUCUUUAGUUCUGAAGUGCUUGAUAUUGAAAUUGUGUUUUGUGUUAAUAAUUUAAAUGCAUUUAUCAUUGUAAUUUUAAGCAUCCCAAAGAGGGUUUAGUCUGCAUGAACAUUUUUGUUUUGCUGUCUUUGACAGUGACAGGCAUAAAAAAAAGUUUCUUGUCAUGAUCUUGAAGUGAACAAUCAUUCUUAAAAUAAGAACAAUCCAUGAAGUAGGAGGCACUUUUUCAUGAAAGUCCAUGAGACUUUUAUUUAUUCAAAAAUGUUAAGCUUUAGGUUUCAUGAUUCAAGAGAUAAUGACAUUUAAUUUGGUAUAAUAGUCCAUCUUUACCAUUGAAAAUUUUGAAGGCUCACAUGAUUUAAAAAAAAGUAAACUGUAGCUGUUUUUGUUAUCGAUCCAGAAAAAGUAAACCGUAAAAAAGUGUUCAGAUAUUGUUAAACACCUGAGAAGAUUUUGAUCUCAUAAAUAUUUGGAUUAUUUUAUUUGUUUUCAUUACCUGGAUAUUAUAAGGGAGGAUAAAGAUUGAAAUGGAAGUUUUUUCUGGCAUAUAGUGAAUUUUGGAAUUGAACUUGUAAUAUCUUAAGAUGUAAACAUUUUCAAAAUACCUUCUGUGUGGAGUAGGUUUGGGAGUGCAUCUGAAGUUAUUCUGGAGAUGUUUGAAAACAGAACAAUUUCUUUAAAAUAGAGACACAUGAGCCUGGGGAUCCUGUUUUAGGAACUAUGUUUGUGACAGACACGUAUUCAUGGUUUAAUUAAAUGAUUAUGUUCUUUUUUUAAAGUGGUUCAUUGCUCUCAGAUUGAUUUCAGUUAAAAAGGCAGCAAAUUUUAGUGCGAUUUUGUUACAUUCAUUCCUGUGAUCAAUAAUUAUUGUAGCGUCAUGUCCAUUCUUUGUCAGUGUCACUUUGGAAAAAAGCUUUAACUAUUUCCUGAUUACAAUACCAGACCUGCCAAGUACUCAGAGGAGCCCUCUGAUUUUUUGUGUGCCUGAGGUGAGAAAGAACCUGGAUCGGAUUUCCUUCUAGAAUUUCAUUUCCAUCAGUCAUACUGUACACAACAUGUUGUAAAUAACAGGGGAAAAAAAUACAAAGGUUCAUUUGGGUUUAUCUGCUAUAUUUGUUGACUUAUUGUAAAUGACAUGUAUAUAUACACAUUUUUUUAAUGUGCAUUUAUAAUACACAUUUAAUUUGCCACGAUGGAUUUGUAAUUUAUUGUGAUUCUAUUAGGGUUGUGGAGAAAAUGAUUUUUUUCCUCAAUCUCCUGAUUUUCAGGGAGGAUUCGGAGGAAAAUACCUAUUUUUGGUCAUGGAGGGAUUUGGCAGGUCUGCAAUAUGUCUGUGUGGGUCAUCAUCACUAUUUCUCUCAUGCUAGUUUUUUUUUUUUUUUACCAUUAUGAAUAACUGCCAACUUUCCAUGAUCUUUCUUCCCUCUUUUCAGAAGGUUAAUAUUUAAUUGUAGAUGAAAGAGAGCUUAGACUUCAUUUGGUGUGCAGAGGUACAAUUUCAUAUUUCCAGAAAUUUUCAGGAACCUGAAGUGUUCCAGAUUUUUCUCUUUCUUGUAUGGCAGGCUGUGAUUAUAAUGCCCUCGUGUUUUAUUUCUUAUUUCGAUUUUGAUCAGUUCAGGUGGCUCAAGAAAUCCUACCAUGUUUAGGUGGCAUUCCUCUAUAUCUGUCCCUCACAGAAUUUUAUUUUUUCAAGGUCACGACACUUUUUGCUUUCUAAGUUGUCUAUACGUGUGGUCAAUGUAAGUUGUGAUCUAAGUGACUUUGGAAAGAUGAUGGCAGACAAGCAGUUUUAGAUUUUUAAUAAUUUAUUCCAAUGAUUUUAAUGUGUAUAGGUCGGUUAAGUCAAAUGCAAUAUAAAUAGCUAAAUUACAAAAAGCCAAUUUUAUAGGACUUUCUGAGUCUGUUACGUUUUAUGUAAUCGAUUUGAGAGCUGUUUGAUUUUGUUUAUUUUGGUUUGACUUUGAGGGAAAAUAUAUUUUCAAACUUGUUAAGCUGUAAAACUGCUUUCGAACUAGAGUAGAGUCGGGUGACUUUGCCAGUCUCAGUUAGCUCGCGACGAAAAAAGCCUACAACCCCUUUAUGCUCAACGUACAUGACCCCUGUUUCGUCUGCAACUUUUCGUAGCCAAUGAAAAUGCAGAUAGUCCACUGAUAAGUUUGCUUGCUAGUUGUACUUCAGCUGCUUCGUUUUUUUUUCAAGUGGAUGUGGUGAUGGGGAACUUUGCCACCCUAUUGGGGAAAUUCGCCAGUCCUUGAAGGGAAUUUCGCCAUACUGGGAGACCAUCUUAUUUCGUUCUAUAUAGAUUAUUAAACACAUGUAAAAACUGAUCUUUCGUUAAAGGGAAACCUGCAUUUGCAGCUGCAAUCACUUUGUAAACAAUUUUAUUUCUUUUCUUCCCAGCCCUCAUUCCAAAAGUAGAUGAACCAGAGACGUGGUCGGCAAGAGUUUUUCUGGGAACACUAAAUUCUCGGGCUGCCCCAGAGCAGCUUUAUCCAUCUUAAACAGCUUCAACAGCUUUCUCCCAAUCCCUUUAUAAAGUUUAAUUAUACUUGUUAUUGAUUCCCUUGCUUGUUUUCCCCCUAAUAAAAGUGGUAAAUGUAAGUAUAACAACAAAUAGAAGAUCAAUAGACCUGCGUGGCGAAGUUCCCUGACAAUCGAGACGAAUUUCUCCGACAAGGUGCAGAUCUGUACAAACACAAUUUUUUAACAGUAAAAGGGCACACAAUGUAUACAACCGACAAUAAAAUUCAGCAAAUAUAAUAUUUUAAUCAAUAAAGCAGUUUUAACACAAUUUGAGUAAAAAGUUAUGUACAGCAACGGCAGUAAGCAGUAGACACAGAAAGAUAAAAAUAGCGCAGGCACAGCAAUGAUAGGGCGAGAGAGGAGGAAAGGGAAGCUUAACGGGAAGACAUAUGCUUAAAACACCGCGAUUAUUCUUUGUCAUAACAUUUUUCUGAUUGGUUGAUCAAUUGACAAAGAAUUGUUUCUGGUCUCAAGUAACUUGACACUAAAACUCUUCCUUGGUGGGUAUAUCGGAUUAUUCCCUUUCUAAAUUGGUAGGGGGUACAGGUGGCGAAUUUCCCCUCCUGGCCAAGUUACCCGACUCGACUUUAACCUUUUAUUUUUUUGCGGCCAACCCAAUAAAGUGUACAAUUUCUUUGGAACAUGCUAUGUCCAAACCACUAAUUUUAGAACACUAAUGGCAUUACAACAUUCUCUUUAUAUAAUACUUUCAUUUUAAAAGCUUCUAUAAAUAUGUGUCUUGUGUCUGCUGUUUUCUUUUUUUCAGCUGUAUGCUUGUACUGUAAGUCUGCCGUUGUAUCAUAGUACAUGUUUUUGACGUGGUUUUAAAUGUUGUGUUAUUGUCAGUUCAUAGAUUUGUUGCAUCAUGUACCUGAAGACUUUAUUAGUGUGCCAUAUCAAUUUGUUAAACGUUAUCAUGAAUUUGUCAAGCAGUGAAAAUCAUUGCCGGUACCUAAUCCUAUCGCCAAUCUUUUAAAAGCAUUUUGUGUUGGUUUCAUCCUGUAUUUUGUCAGUUUUGUUAAAAUUUUACUGCUUCAACCCUUUUACUUUGGAUGUAUUUUUAGUGUAUGUACAGAAGUUAUGAAGAGAUAAAUGAUUUUAUCUCAAUAUUAAAUAUAUGUAUUUAUGAACAGCAGAGCCAGUUGUCCUUUUUCAUGUUUGUAUUAUUUUGUUUUGGGAUUGGAGAUAGGCCUAUAUGAAAUUUUUUUUUUUUUCAGUAUGCAUCAAAUGCCCUUAAGCAAAUAAACUUUUGCUCCCCUUUC